UACACAAUAUUUAGCCAAUGUUCAGCCUAAUUAGUGUUUGUGUGUGCAGAAGCAGAAGUAAACGUACAUAGGUUAUAGAGUCCACUAAAAAAUAAAAUAAAUCAUAUUCAUUUGUUUAUAAUACAUUCAUCAGGGCAGGGCAAUGCAUUCUUUACUGGUCAUCUUAUUGUAGUAUACUGUUGGCACUGGUUACUGUCGAAAAUCAAUGAGUUUGGUCAGACACCUUAUUUACAGUACAUCUUGCCUAUUCAAAGACUGUGUGUGGGACAUGGGCUGAAUUACUGUUGACAACUCGUCAGUCCAGACUACACAAACAUGGUGUAUGUACUGUGUGUACAUACAGACAUAUCCUUUUGUUCCUUUCACAGCUCGUAACCUCUGUGGUGCACCCUUACAGUACCACACUCUGACACACUGUCACGUAGUAUUUCUACAUUUCUGCUUUUACCAUUUAGAUAUUCUAGCUUUGUGUAGCAAUAUGGCCUUUGAUUCUUGUAUGUGUUUAAUAUUAGUCGGAGAAAGAUGGUUAUUCAACUGGAUGGCCAUUUUGGAAGGAGUAGUAUAGGCAGCCAAGUAUUUGCAGUUGUUCAGUGACUAAUUCAGUAUAAAGUAUGGAAAAUAAACAUUUAAUGAUUUGGCUGUUUGUGUAGUUUUUACACUUCUGCAGCUGUCUAGUAGUGGUACAGUUUAUCUCUGCAGAACCUUUCCUUGUCACAAGAGGGAGCUCUCUGGUCAGGGUUUUUGAGCCACUACAGAAAUUUACACAGAAUUUUAUCUUCAGCUUGAUAAAGUAACUCGGCAUUUCACUUCAGGAGGGUUAUAACAAACUUUAUUAAAUCUAAAGGAUGGACAAGGAUAAAGUGUAUACGUUUAAUUCAACCUGGAACUGAGGUCGAGUUUAAAGGGUCAUACUCAAGAAACACUAUGGCUCUGGGAACAAGUGGAACAGAUGUGAAAGCAACAAAAUAAAAAAAUACAAAACUGAACAAUUACAUACUCUUCGCAGCAACUAUAUUCAUCUCAUUUCAUAAUGGUGUAACUCCCAACUGGCUCUAGAUCAACAUUUAAGCAUUUUAUAGCCUCUGGCCCUAAACAACCACUCAAAGAACCAUUUGUGUUCAAAAAGCAGAGGGGGUGGGAAAUUGCAUGAGAUAUUUGUAAAGUGCAAGACCGAGCAUAGCUUUCAUAAAAAGAAAAAAAAAGAAGUUACCCACAAGAUAUAAAGUAUAUAUAUAAAGAUUCCUCGGAGUUUGACAGUCACCUGCCAUCCUGCACAUUUCCCUGGUUUACAUCCUCACCCACACCUUUCACUUUUCCCUCUGUUAGAUUACUAGUAAUGCUUUGCCGACAUUGUGUUUCAGGCAUUUCCUCGUAUUUCCUGUGUUCCUGUUCCCCGCAUGUUUUUGUCCUGUCUCUACCUGCCUUCUGGAGUGAAUGCCUAAAAGUUGCCAGUAGGCUUGUCCACUGAACACUGAUUUGCUAAAUCACAUUAAAUUCAACCCGAAUGCGCUUGUGGUCUGAAAUCUAUGUUUAAUGGAGUAUACAACCAAAAGAAGAGGUGCUGCUAUGUAAAACUAAACCAGUGUAUAAACAGAAUCCCCCUCCCACAGCAGCCCCCACACGAUAAACACCAUCAAACGUGGCCCACUUUGACCCAUGCAACAUUCUGUCAGGAGUCCCAAGCAUCAGCACCAAUACUAAAAUAAGACCCUUACAUUCCACAUGCACACACAGGGAUAGUUUUAUAAGCCCUGAUAUGAAGAUGAAAGGAACUUGGCUGUUAUCCUGCAUUGUGUAUGUGUGUGUGAGAGACAGACCUAGUAAAACUGAAGAAGUAAUCUACUCCUGCCUGAAUAUGUCAUCAUCUAAUGGACAGGACCACACUAACAUGUUUUUCAGUAGUUACUGUAACUUUGGUUUGGUGUUGUCUUCUUGAACCUGACAGGCCUUACAAGUGUGUAAGAUCCCUCGGAUGAUGCCCUGAGGUCUCAGUGAACAAGAAACAGGGAGAAGUGACCUAUAGCAUGAGCUCUGUGGGAGAAAAUAAAUGUAAAAUGCACUUCCAAUGAAGCACAGGAGACACUUUUCCCCUAAGAUGCCCUUACGGUGUAAUCAACUGAACACCCUGAUAGAAAAUCCUGUAUCAUUUACACAGGCUGACGAUUAGUAACAGAAACCAUCUUGAAAAACUGUUUUCAAAUCAUUGCAUCAGCUGGCUUUUUUUCCCCCCAGUCAGUAUGACUAGUCUGCCUGUCUCUGAGUCACAGCUGCCUCUGACAAGGUGUUUGAAUUCAACAUUAUUAAAGGUGCUUUUGAUGAGUGGAGGUUGUGAAUAGCUUGACUUACCACCUUCAGAAGAUGAGCUAAAGGGAUAGAUGUAAUAUUUUGCAACAUCCAAAUUUCCCCGAGGCAGAGGCAUGCCUUUUAAAACCUCCAGCGGCUGAUGUUAUAGGGAAGUUAUAGGGAUAGAAACGAGCUGUGAACACAACAGUAACACUGCGUGUUAGGGCAUAGCUCCAUGGUGUGGUGUUUCCCCCCACCUGAUGUAGGAUUUAUUUGCGUUCAGAAAACACCUGGCUGUUAGAUCUCUCGGUUUGAAUGCUGCUCAUAACCACACUGUGAUUGUUUUGUAACUUUUUAUUAGUCUAUUAUGUUAUUGUUCCGCAGUGUGUACAUAAUUGGAGACCCACUGUGUAGGAAGUGUACGCAUUCAACAUAUAUAAUGGUUGUUGUUUUUUUGCUGUUGUCCCUAUUGUAAUUAAGUUCAGAGUAUCGUGUUACAAUAAAUGCCUACAUAAAGGCAUAUGUCAGGGUACACGGCGACGCAGAGUUACGCUGAUGCUCUGUCUCAGGAUGCCACCGAGCGCACGUAGGCGCUCCAGCUUCCUCUGCGUCACACAGUCGAGCGCCAGUCAACAACUACAUGGCGUCACACCGCCGUGGCUGUCAGAUUCCCUCACACAAUCCCGGAACACAGCGGUGAGCGCUCUGAGCGGCCAAUUCCGCCUACCCACUUAACGGCCCCGACCCACAGAGUAAGUGAGUCAGACAGAUGUGUGCCACAGUGAGGACAAACCCAGGUGGCGUACGUGAGGACCGGGGCGUCGAUCUCUAAUGUGCAUCCCCGCAUGGCAGAUGUCUGAAGAGGACCAGCUGGACCGACACCGGCAGCCCGGGACCGAUUUGACAGACGUACGAUUUCCAUGGAAACCACAUUCCCAUCGCAGUGUACCAAGCGAGGGAGUCAACAGUGAAUGUUUUCACGAGUUGAGCGUUAAAUGGUUACGUGUCCCGUUUGCAAAGCUGCUGUUUUAUGGUGUUCUGUCGUUCCACCAUGCAUUCAGAUGGGGACAGCGGACUGAGAGACCUGGAGGCCAAGCUGGCCAGUAAAGAAAGGGAACUGAAGGAGCUCCAGGCAGUGAAAAUUCAACAGCUGGAAAGUUCCCUAAAAAAGACCCAGGAGGAGUGCUCCUCCCUCAGAGAACACUACCAGCAGCUGAGAGAGGAUUUCCAGUUCAACCUGGCCAUCCUGGAUGAACGAGACAGAGAGCUGCAAAGAUAUGAUGUUAUGACUGCCAGGGCUCUGACCGAGAAACAGCACAGGCAGGCAGAGCUGAGACAGCUCCACAUGCAGAUCGCCAAGCUGGAGGAGCAGAUAGCCAGAGGGGCUAGGGAGAGGCAGGAGGACCUCCAAAAGAAUCACCACAAUGCUUUUCAGCAGAGGCGUCAGCUGGAUGAGCUAAAGAGAUCUAUGGCUGAAGAAAUUCAAUCCCAGAUGGAGGAGUAUGACCGGAUGAAAUUGGAUUUGCAGUGCAGAAUAAAAGACUUGGAAAGAGAACUGGCUCAACAGAGACAGGAGAUGACCUCCGCAUUUGACAGUGAACUCAUACAACGGGAACAUGAAUUCAACUUGAAAAUGGAUGAGAUGCAUGCGUUGGUGCUGUCUAAUGAUAUCAAGGUGGAGCUGCUGUCUAAAGAGUCUGAAGUUCACUGCCAAGCUCAGCUUCAGGCCACAGAGGCUCUCAAUGAAUCCAGGGAAGUCUGCAAGCAGAUACAGGCUCAACUGCAACACAAAGACCAGGAGAUCAAAAACGUCGUUGCUGUCAAGGACGAAAGGAUAAAAGAGCUGGAGGACGAGCUGAAGCAGAUAGAGACCCAACUAAAGGAGGAGAACGAUGAGCACAUUAAGAAAUAUGGGGAUGUGGUCCGGGCUCUGAAAAAACGUGACGCUCAACUGGAGACUCAGCAUCAGAGACACAAAGAGCAGCUGCAGAAGGCUGAGGAACACAUUGUUAAUCUACGAAGAAAUAUGGAAGAUCAGCAGAAGGCGAUGCAACGGAAAGAUGAGACAAUCCAAAGGCUGCACACAGGUGCAGAAGCAAUCCGGACUGACUGGGACAAGUUUAUCAAACAGGCCUCCAGUGAGAUGGUUGUCAAAGAUACUGAAAUCAUCACCCUUCAGGAGCGGGAAACUAAACUCACGACCGAGCUGGAGAGGAGCAGGGAACAGAUUGAAAGGUAUAAGCAGCAGGUGAGUGCUGGUUUAGAGAGAGAGAGAGCUUUAGAACAAAGAGGAGUCCAAAUGGAGCUGGAAUGUCAGAGGCGCUGUGAGGACAUGAAGGCUGAACACUACCUUGCCAGUGAGCAGCUGAUACAAGACCUGACUCAGGCCAGAGACCAGGCUAAAGCAGAGCUGAAGGAGAAAGAACAAGAACUGCGGGAUGUGACUGUCUUACUACGAUCUGUUAGAACUGAGAGAGAUCAGGCAAUACAGGGCCUCACACCAAAGGUAGAUUCUCUGGCAUCAGAAGAGAUCCAUCGUCUGCAGGAACAGAACCACACCCUGCGUGCUGUUGUUUCCCAGAUGAGAAAGGAAAUGGAGGGUCUCAGCCAUAACCAGCUCCAUCACCGGACUGGGACACAGGCCUCUUCUGCUCUGGCAGUUCAGCAUCCGGGAUCAUCUCCCACCACCUCAAUCACACCUUCAGCUCAUGCUCAGAUGGCUUCUGAACCACAGGCCCAAUGCACUGACAUCUCCAAAGUCAGCCCAGAAGGCUACACUCCUUUGGAGCAGGAGGUGUCCCUGUUGCGCUGGGACCUUAAUGGGUGUCUGGGAUCUGUCACAGGACAGCCCAAGCUGGCUCCAGCCUCACACAAAACUGCAGAGGACCUGCCAUAUACAGACAACUCAAGUUUGGAGAGUCAGGGUCUUAAACAAGGUGGCCUGUGUCAGGAGGUCAACACUUCUGCUUUGAUAAAGCAGGUCAGAGGGACACAAACAGAACCUGUUCCUGCCAGCGUCACGGAACAGAGUGCACUGGUGCGUCAACUCCUAGAGGAGAACCUCUUUUUGCAGCAGCGGGCCUCAGGUCUGAUGUUGGGUGCUGUGCGUGAAAAUAUCCCUCGUGCUAAAAGUAACGCUCCUCUCCUGCACACAAGGCUGAAGAAGGCUGUGUCCUGUAUUGCCCGUUUGAGCAGAGAUAAGCAGCAGCUGAUAGAGAUGUGCAACUGCCUCCGUGCCCAAAUCAGUACUGUUGGACCACAGGAACCAGUGGAGCCAGUGAGGGACCCCUCCACAGAGAAACCAGAAGACCAGCAUGACCGUCUCUCUGUUCUGGAACAGCUGCAGUACCAGCUUACCACACAGGAGUUGCAGUAUGCUCUGAAGCAGAGGGCAGGACCUGUUUCUACACAGCCCGUCCCAGGAACCAGCAACCAAGGCCCUUCCACAAAAGGAUCUGUCAACACUCCCCGUGGACACAAAGCCAUAAGCAGUUCUGAGAGCUCCAGUUACAAAGAGAACACUCGUCCUCUCAGCCAGACACAGACACAACCCCUCUCAGCUCUGUCCCUGCCUCGGCUGUCAUCAGAGGAAUCACUGCGGUCCUUGAAGGAGCUGUGGGAGAUUCUGGACAAUGGACUCAGUCAGUCUAUUUUCUCAGAAGGUGAAGGUGAGCUCAGCAGGAAGGAGUUGGCUGCGUCUGGUGGUUCAGGAGUCCAGAUGAUGGUGUGUGGUAGCGGUUUUACUCACAACCAACCAUCUACUGAGGUCCAGCAGAGGAGUAACAACUCUAAAACACCAUCAAGCUCUACCAAGACCAGCAGACCUGCAGUCCGUGGCAGAAUGAACAAGAUCAGAAACUACAAUGUGAAAGACUGACAUAGGACAAUCUGACAGUGAUACAAAGAGAUCAUGAUCACUCUCAUACCUAUCUGUGAAAGCAGAUUUUUUUUUCAAUUCUUCUCAGACUCUGCAGUAGCUUUCACAUGUCUACACUAACCCUGAUUAUGUGAUGUCCCUGGAGUUAAAUUAAAAAGAGAGAACUUGACAAAGGGACGGUACAUUUCACUGGGGUUAAAUGAAAAUAUCACAACUACUCUGCAGUCUCAGUCUCUGAUGGUUGAUUAGUGCCAUUAAUUCAUUUAUUUUAGAUUUUCUUGAGAUACCACACUGCUGAUCUGAAGGAUAGCUGGCCCUUCAUCUAAAAGAGGCCCAAAGAACUGUUAAAUAUCUUUACCUUGUCUGUACCAAGUGUCUGGUAAGAUGGAGGGUUUGGAGAGAUGAAUGUCACUUUAAAACAUUUUUUCCCCACUUUCAUUUUGUAUCAUUUGAAUCCAUUUAAUAUAAAGAUGAAGAUAAGUGUA